CUUGUAUUUUGAUAGAUCAAUGUUCAGGUGAACAGUAUUCCUCUGACUCCACAGCAGGACAAAGGAUCAGAAGUCAUGUUCAAAAUGCCCAGAAGAGAGAGUGAAAUACCUUCUAUUAUGGGGGAAAGCCUACAGUUUGGGAAAAUAGAACUUAACACUCUGAUGUCACAGGUAAACAAGCGCUCCACUUUCUCCUCCUGGAUUAAAAACAACAUCAAGAAAAAAGAGUGCUGCUUCUAUGUAGAAUGUGACAGGGAGGGGAUCUGUGAAUGUGGUUAUCCAAAGACCAAGCACCACGAUGAUGCUAUCAAGCCAGAGGACUACACAGGACAGCAGUAUGACAAACUUAAGCACACGAGAGAGUUUCCUACUGAUGCCUUUGGAGACAUUAGUUUUGGGGGACUCGGGUCGAAAACAGGCAAGUAUAUCCGAGUGUCCUCCGAUACGCCUGUUGAGAAGCUGUACCAAUUUAUGAUCGAGUACUGGAAGCUCCGGCCCCCUAACUUGUUAAUAUCAGUGACAGGAGGAGCCAAAAAUUUCCACAUGAAGACUGACUUGAAGAACAAGUUCCGUAGAGGACUAAUUAAAGUGGCCCAAACUACAGGUGCAUGGAUCCUGAGUGGCGGAACACAUGCAGGUGUGAUGAAACAUGUUGGGAGAGCAGUACGGGACCAUAAUCUAAGCAGUAAUGCUGUAGGGGGCCAGAUCGUGGCUAUCGGAGUGGCCACAUGGGGGGUCAUCCACAACCGACAGGAUCUGGUUCACCCAAAUGGUCGAUUCCCUGCUUAUUACUUUCUGGAUGAGCAUGGACAAGGCCGCUUAUCCUGCCUGGAUGCUAAUCACUCACACUUCCUGCUGGUGGAUGAUGGAACAUCUGGCAAAUAUGGUGCAGAGAUUGAUCUUCGUGGGCAUCUGGAGAAACUGAUCUCAGAGCAGCCUCUAGAAAAUCCAGAGAGUGAACUGAAGAUUCCAGUCGUAUGUGUGGUACUAGAUGGUGGACCUGGAACCCUAAAUACAAUCUACAACGCUAUGAUGAACGGCACUCCAUGUGUUGUUCUGGAAGGUUCUGGACGCUUGGCUGAUGUCAUUGCCAACUUGGCAGUCCUACCCGUGUCUAAGAUCACAAUAGCACACAUCCAACGACUGAUGAAGAGGUUUUUUGCAGAAGAUUAUGAAAAUUUUUCUGAAUUGAAUAUCAUUGAGUGGACCAAAAAGAUUCAGGACAUCAUCCAGAUCCCGCAGCUCUUGACCGUGUUCCGCAUUGACGAGGAGAAAAACAAUGAUGUAGACGUAGCCAUUCUCCAAGCUUUUCUAAAAGCCCCUCGGUGCAGUGACAGUGUGAACAGAGAGAGACAGCUGCAGCUGGCUGUGGCCUGGAACCGAGUGGAUAUUGCAGAGAGUGAGAUCUUCACUGAAGAAAGUAAAUGGAAGUCUUGUGAUCUGCACCAGGCCAUGUUCUCUGCCCUGGUGGGCCAUAAAGCUGAGUUUGUGCGUCUGCUGCUGGAGAAUGGGCUAUGCCUCCCUCAAUUCCUCGAACAUGAAGAGACAUUGUGUGACCUGUAUAAGCAUCUUCCCAGCUGUCUGUUUUUGCGCAAAGUGGCCAAACGAGCACAGGGAAGCAAGAGGAUUUCCCUGUGCCAUGUGGCUGCUGAAGUACGGCGCCUGCUGGGCAGUUUCACUCAACCGCUUUACCAUCCAGCACAACUCCUUCACAAAGUAGAGAUAUCUAAUGAGGAUAAGGAACUUAAAAUCAAAUCUGAAAGAGGUGUUAGAGAGCCGUACUGCUUCUCGGAGGAGACGAUCCCAGAUAAAGUGUGUGAUUCAGGAAGAGAUCUCUUCCUUUGGAGUGUACUGCAGAAUCAGAAAGACCUGGCACAGAUCACUUGGGAGCAGUGCAAUGACUGUAUUACGGCUGCUCUGGCUGCCAGUAAAAUACUGAAGAAGCUUGCACGGGAAGGAGGAGAUAAUGGGGAUGAUGCUGGAUCGAUGAGGGAGCUUGCAGAUCACUAUGAGAAACAAGCAAUCGGUGUGUUCAGUGAAUGUUAUCGCUAUGAUGAGCAGCGAGCACAGAAACUGCUGAUGCGUGUCUCUCCAUCAUGGGGUAGAACAACCAGUCUUUGUCUUGCUCUCGAUGCCCAUGACAGAAGCUUCGUAGCUCACUCUGGGGUCCAGGCUUUGCUAACUCAGAUCUGGUGUGGUGAAUUAGCAGUGGAAAACCCGCAAUGGAAGCUGAUCCUCAGCAUGUUUUUCUUUCCUCUUAUCUACACCGGAUUUCUGGUCUUUAGGCGUGAUGAAAUCAUCCGCAGGGAAGCAGAGAGAAAUGAAGAGGAGAAGCUGGUUAUGGAUUCAGAGGCUUGGAAUAAACCUGAAUUUCGUAACCAGUCUGACACGAGCUCUGUGCAACCACUAAACUGCUGGACAAGAUUAGCGGGUCUGUACUCCUGUCCUCAGGUGAAAUUCUACUGGAACAUAUUGGCUUACUUUGGAUUCCUGUUUCUGUUUGCUGUGGUGUUGAUGACAGACUUCCAGCCUACGCCAUCUUGGAAGGAAUUGCUCUUGUAUGUCUGGCUCACCUCGCUCAUGUUUGAAGAGAUCAGACAGCUCUUCUAUGAUUUUGAUGGGUUUACAUUUUGGAAGAAACUGAAAAUGUAUAUUAAAGACACAUGGAACAUUUUGGACAUGUUGUCAAUAUUGCUUUUCAUCACCGGCCUGGCUUGCAGGCUCCAGGCUUCGAGUACAGUGUUCUAUGUGGGGAAAAUCAUCCUCUGCAUUGACUUCAUCAUAUUCAGUUUGCGCCUGAUGGCUAUCUUCACCAUCAGCAAGACCUUAGGGCCUAAGAUUAUCAUUGUCAGGAGAAUGAUGAUGGAUAUGUUCUUCUUCAUGUUCCUGCUCAGUAUCUGGGUGGUUUCAUACGGAGUGGCAACACAGAGCAUCCUGAUUGAGAAUGAGGAUCGAUUUAACUGGAUUAUGCGUGGUGCUGUCUAUGAGCCCUACCUCAUCAUAUUUGGGACUUUGCCUGACAAUGUGGACAAUACCAAAUUUGACUUGAAUAGUUGCAGUGUUAAUGGCUCUGAUCCUCUAAAGCCCAAGUGUCCCAUGUUGAAUAGUGACAACAGUCCAGUCUUUCCUGAUUGGCUGACCAUCAUCAUGCUGUGUGUUUAUCUUCUCUUUGCCAACAUCCUUCUACUUAACCUCCUCAUUGCAAUCUUCAACUACACAUUUGAGGAGGUACAAGGCAAUACAGAUAUAAUCUGGAAGUUUCAACGUUAUGAGCUGAUAAAGGAGUACCAUAGUCGCCCCGCUCUACCUCCUCCCUUCGUCAUCCUGAGCCACAUUUACCUCUUCAUCCGACGUGUGCUCCUGCGCCGUGCCCCUCAGAAACAUAAGAUCUUCAGACAAGAACUGAGUCAGAGAGAAGAAGAAGAGCUGAUGUCAUGGGAGUCAUUCAUGAAGGAAAACUAUCUGGCAUCUGUAAAACAGGACAGUAGCCAGAGUAUGGAGCAACGUAUGGAAGACACAGCAGAAAAAGUUGGAACCAUGUCUGAAAUAAUAGAGCAAGGACAAGAAUGGGGUUUUGUGUCUGUGGCAAAAAGGCUGGGCCGAUUAGAGGAGCAGGUUUGUCAGUCAGCUAAGGCAUUACAUUGGAUCAUGGACACACUUAAAUGUCAGGGUUACAAAUCCACACAGGACGUUCCUAUAAUGGCCACUGUCAUUAUGAAAACUGACAACGACCCUUCAGAAUCAACUGAGCCUGAAGAAGAAUGGGAGAAAACUCAUCACAUCUAUGCUCGGCAGCUUUAUUACCCCGGCAGCACUGUUAAACGCUUCCCUGUUCCUGAGGAGAAAGUACCUUGGGAGGUGGAAUUCUCUAUUUAUGCUCCAGAAAUUUACAAUCAAGAGAAUAUGCAAGAAUCGGACAUUGUAACUUUAGAAAUAUACAGGAACCCUGAAGGACGGACAGGAUUAAAGGGAAAGGGGGCUUUUAAAAGUCUUGGGCCAAAUUAUAUUAUCGAGUCAGUUAUCACAAGAAAAAAGGGCUCACAACUGGAGUUUCUUACUGUGUGGGAUGAGACAGCAGAGCACUGGACAUUACCAAGGAGUCCUGUGCAGCCUGGAAAGUUCUUACCUGAGAGAUUAGAAACAACACUUGGAAAGAAUCUAUGGCAGAAGGUUGAAGCCAAAAUAAAAUCAGGAAGCCACACUGAAGUCUAUAAAGGUUACGUAGACGACAGCAAGAACACUGAUAAUGCCUGGGUGGAAAGCACUGUAAUAACAGUUCACCUUGAAGAUAAUUGGCGUCUGAUGACUAGCGAAGGCGAUGGCGGUGCUGGGGUUGGUGAGUCUCUCAGCAGCACUAAGAAGCUUCAAUGGCAGGAGGUGAGCAGCAAAGCACCUGUGUAUCCACACCAAAAAGAAGCUCUCUGUACCAUCGCCCAAUCAAACAACAUUAAGUUUUAAUGUUGAGAAACUUUUGACUCUCAGGAAAAUGGACAAGCACUAAUGUUUUAUGCUCCAAAAUGUGUAUCUUUUGUUGGGAUUUGGUAGAACCAAAUCAGAACAUAUACACUUGCAUAACAUGAGUUAUGCAGCUGUUUGCACAUCUGCUCAUGAACUAAGCAUUCACUCAUACAUCAUUAAUACAACAAUACUAUUUAAAUCAAAGAAAGCUUAUUCAUAAUCACUCUUAUCUUCAAAUGCACAAAAUAAUAUCCGAAGCAGUAUAAUAAACGUGAAUAAAUAAAAAUCUAAAAUGUGGCAGGUGAAGUAGGAGAGCAAUACAAGUAUUUAAACUCCCAUUAAAUUAUAAUAACUAGUAUACUCAAUACAGCAGAAUUAGUUGCUUCGAAAUUAUGAGAGAUGACAAAUAUUUAAGAAGUUUACAUAGCAUGAAAUUUUGCAGCAUUACUGGGAAUUAUAGAAAUUUUUGAGCUCAGUUCACCGUUUUGAGUGCAACUGUCUUUGCUCUAUUGUGUUUUAUUUCCAAUAACAAGAAACUGGUUUUGUGUACAGACUUGUGACAUCCUCCAGUUAAUGUCAUGUGUUCAUUAGCCAUAAGUAUCCACUGCACCAUUGUCUUAACACUCACAGAAGCAGGAACCAAACUGUGUAUUUAUUCUUCAGUUGAUCAGGUUGAAGUUUAUUCUCAUCUGGAUCCUAAGAAGAAAUAAGAUCUUCACUGAGCUUUAAUGGAGUGAAACCAUUGUUGCAAAUUAUUUUGGUGCUGAUAGGCUGGAAAAACAGAGACACUCAUUAAACUCACUGAUUUAGUUUCUAGGAGGGAAAAUUAGACAUUGAGCUAGACAGAGUUGCAUAGCAACACUGCAUUUUCUUUUCCUCAUUAUAGGCUCUACAAUAGCAGUUUUAAAACAGUUUUAUUCAACAUGUUAGAUGAUCAUUAAAUGAAAAGUGAAUGUUACUGCUGAGUACAAAAACAUUUUGUACUACUUAUCAUUAUGAUCGUGAUGUAAUCAGACAUGAAUGCAACAAUAUGCAAUCCCCAGAGUAUCUACUUAAAGUUAUCUGAACUUAGCAAGAUCUAUAUGAACAUGUGGAAUCUAAUUGAAAA